AUGCCCAAAACCAUCCUCAUAACCGGCUGCUCAGUCAACAGCAUCGGCGCAGCACUCGCCCUCUCCCUCGCCAAACGAGGCCACCACAUCUUCGCCACCGCCCGCUCACCCGCUAAAAUCCCCUCCCCGCUGACCACCCUCUCCAACGUCACCCUCCUGCAGCUCGACGUGACAUCUCCGGCCUCCGUCGCCGCCGCCGUUCACGCCGUGCAGGAGCACGGUCACGGGCUGGAUGUGCUGGUCAAUAACGCCGGAGCGGGGUAUACCGUCCCCCUGCUGGACGCGGACCUGGAACACGCGAAGCAAGUCUACGAGACGAAUGUGUGGGGUGUGGUAAGGAUGAUACAGGGAUUUGCGGACCUGCUGGUUGCCAAUCGGGGAAGGGUGGUUAAUGUCAGCAGGGUAUAUUCGUCGUCCAAAGCGGCCGUCAUGCAGAUCUCCGAGACGCUAAGGUUGGAAUUGGCCCCCCUAGGCGUCGGCGUUGUUUGCCUGAUGGUGGGCACCGUGAGCACCUCGUUCCAUGAUAAUGAGCCGCGGGUGGUUUUGCCGGCGGGCUCGCGCUAUGCGGCAAUCAGAGAUGUCAUCUCGCAGUGGGCGACGGGACAGGCGGGCCCGAAAGGGUGCUCGGUUGAGGAGUUUGCAGAAUCGAUUGUAGAGGAUGUGUUGGGGGCCAAAAGCAGCGGCAGCGGGGGGUUGGUCUGGAAGGGGCCAAAUAGUGCUGCGGUCAGGAUUCUGUCGCGCUGGUGUCCGUCCUGGUUGUUGGAUCGCAUGAUGAGCAAUGGGCAAGGAUUGGAUGAACUGGAGAAGAGUGUAAAGAGUUGA